CCUUGACCCGGAAGCGCGCUUGUGCCCUCCCGCUUGCCGUCUUCGCAGCCAUGGCGGCCGCCCGGCUCCCUGCGUGUCUGGUUCUGCAGCCGCGGGCCAGAACCCUUCGAGCCUUUUCCACCUCUGUGUCUCCGGCCACUCGCUCUCCGAGACCAAGCCCGUCUACAACAGAAAGAACAUCCAGAUAUGAAAGGCCACCGAGAAGAAAGGCACUACCUCCUAGGACAGAGAAAAUGGCUGUUGACCAGGACUGGCCUAGUGUUUACCCUGUUGCAGCGCCAUUUAAACCCUCAGCAGUACCUCUUCCUGUUCGAAUGGGUUAUCCAGUAAAAAGAGGGGUGCCCAUGGCUAAGGAGGGAAAUCUGGAACUUUUAAAGAUUCCCAAUUUUCUGCAUUUGACUCCUGUAGCAAUUAAAAAGCACUGUGAAGCUCUUAAAGAUUUUUGCACCGAGUGGCCAGCUGCAUUAGACAGUGAUGAGAAAUGCAGGAAGCAUUUUCCAAUUGAAAUUGACACAGCUGGUUAUGUAUCAGCGGGACCAUCUAUUCGAAACCCCAAAGCACGAGUAGUGACAUUAAGGGUUAAACUUUCCAGUUUGAAUUUAGAUGAUCACGCAAAGAAGAAACUUAUUAAACUUGUAGGAGAUCGAUACUGCAAGAGCACAGAUGUGCUUACCAUCAAGACAGAUAGGUGCCCCUUAAAGAGACAGAAUUAUGAUUAUGCAAUGUAUCUACUAACAGUUUUAUACCAUGAGUCUUGGAAAACUGAAGAAUGGGAGAAAAAGAAGACUGAAGCAGACAUGGAAGAGUAUGUAUGGAAAGAUAGCUCCUCAGAAAAAAACAUCCUGGAAACCCUUCUCCAAAUUAAAGCUGCUGAGAAAAAUCUGGAAUUAAGUAAAGAAGAGCUCCUUGGUACUGAAGAAGUUGAAGAGUACAGAAAGUCUGUUGUUAGUCUUAAGAAUGAGGGGGACAAUGAAAAUACCCUUUCUCAGUACAAAGAAUCAGUGAAGAGACUAUUAAAUUUGACAUGAAUUAUAUGGAAAAAUUGCCUAGAUUUAUUAAUUUUAUGAUAUAUAUGUAAUCAUUAUCUAAUUUGAUAUACAGUUGAAGAUGUUAGAAAACCAUUGUUUUAUUACAUCGGAGUUAAAAUUAUUCCUUUCAUCCUAAUGUGCAAAGGCAGUGAUUAUUCAGAAGUUUUCUUACUUAUGCACUGGGGCAAUCAGACUAAUUCCAUCUCUGUGAUUCCUUCUGGUUCUAAAGUGUUUGGAUUUUAUUUCUACCAUAACAACUUUAGUAUUCAUAUAUAUAUACAAUGUUGUUGUUUUGUCACCUGCUCCGUUUCUUUCCCUACAGAUUAGUACUUAUUGGUUGCUUUUGAAUAACGAUUUUGGUUAUUGGGGAAGCUAGGCCCAGAACCCAGUCCCCUGACUGAAGUUCAGUGUUUUGUCUGCAUAACUGCUAUCUGCCUAGUGAGUUUUUUGCACAUGCUGAUUCUGAUGAGAAACAGGUCCUUGGCAGUAUUUUCUAACCUAAAAAGUGUGUUCCAUUCCUCUAUUUUGGGGUCACUUUUUGUUGAUUCAGUUCUGUUUAGCAUCCUGCUUUCCGUUUUCUUUGGCUCAUUUCUCCAAGCCCAAGCUAGCAGAAAAGUGGAAAUGGAGAUUAGCUGGUAUUCAUCUCUCUGGAUGCCCCAGCUAGAACUUCCACAGCUCAGGAAAGAGAUGAGGUAUAAAGACCUGGAAUUUAAUUGGAGUAAAUGACAAAAUAACUGCCCUAAGAAACAUUUCAUUUAGUUAGCUGUCAAUUCAGUACUUUUAAGUAUAUCUGUAAGUCAUUUCUUACCACUUAAAGUUGUCGACAAGUGAUUAAUUUAAAAUUGAAAUAAAGGAAUUAUGGAGG